AUGAGCCAUAAAACUGUCGAACUUCUACCUAUUCAGCUCGCCAUCAAUUCUGGUCAGUUUGACUACACGGGAUGUCCGUCAAACAAUGAUUUCUACUAUGAAGGAGUUAUUUCAUCUCCUUACUACCCAAAGCUCUACCCACCAAAUACUGAAUGCUACUACUACAUCACUGCUGAGCCUGGGAAAGUUUUGAGUUUCAAUUUCACUCAUUUCGACAUGGAAUCCUGUUGUGACUACAUAACAAUCUAUGACGGUAAUGGUAUGCGAAGUCCAAAACUUGUACAUGGUGGUAAGCGGCGCACUAUCUCACGCGCAUGGUCACGGGAUCGAAUCCCGAAUAGA